AUGAAGUCCAUCUUUGUGAUAUCGAGCCAGAUUGUGUUUGCUUUACUUGCAAUUCAAGUUAUUUCAGCUCCUCUUCCCAAUUCGCAAUCCCUCGAAGCUCGCAACAAAUGGUGCCAGGCCGCCGGUAUGCCGUGCUUCAAGGAGAGAGAGACCGAAGAUGCCCCAGCAAUCGAAGAGGCCCCAGCAGUGGAAGAGGCCCCAGCAGUCGAAGAUGCUGAACCAACCGACGAUCUUGAAGCACGCAACAAAUGGUGUCAAGCCGCUGGUAUGCCGUGCUUUAAGGAAAGAGAGACAGAAGAGAUCCCAGCAGUCGAAGAGGCCCCAGCAGCCCCAGAGGCUGAACCAACCGACGAUCUUGAAGCGCGCAACAAAUGGUGUCAAGCCGCUGGUAUGCCGUGCUUUAAGGAAAGAGAGACAGAAGAGAUCCCAGCAGUCGAAGAGGCCCCAGCAGCCCCAGAGGCUGAACCAACCGACGAUCUUGAAGCGCGCAACAAAUGGUGUCAAGCCGCUGGUAUGCCGUGCUUCUAG